CAGCCGCCGGGUUCCCGGAAAAUAAGCUCCGGGCCAGACACAAGCGGACGGGGCCGGCGGGCGCUGCCUCCCCAGGUCCUGGCAUGGAGGCCAACGUCUCCAGUCUCUGGCUGACCAGCCCUGGUCCUUCCCCUGUCAAGGCCAAGGCUGACCUGGGCGCCGUCAUGGACCGAGUCCAGGUCAUCUUCUACACCGUGGUCUGUGUGGGGGGCUCGCUGGGCAACGGGCUGGUGAUCUGGCUCACCGCCCGCCAGGCCGGCCGCUCCGUCAACUGCGUCUGGUUCCUCAACCUGGCGGUGGCCGACUUCAUCUUCUCGGUCACCCGGGUGGUGCCCCUGGCGAAGAACGCCUUCUACCGUGGGCACUGGCCCUUCGGCGUCUUCCUGUGCCGGGCCACCAGCUUCACCAAAUACCUCAACAUGUUCUGCAGCCUCUUCCUCUUAGCGGCCAUCAGCCUGGACCGCCUGGCGGCCGUGGCCUUCCCGGUGUGGUCCAGGAACCGCCGGGGGCCCCGCCUGGCGUGGGCGGCAGCUGCUGGGGCCUGGGGGGCGGCCGCCGCGGCCAGCCUGCCCUUCUACCUCUACCGCAACCUGGUGCCGGAGGGGAAGGCCAGUGGCCUCAAGUGCUCCUUGACGCUGGGAGAAGGGCCUAAGCUGACGCUGUAUCUCCUCCGGCUGCUCUGCGGCUUCCUGGCCCCCUUCGCCAUCAUCCUGGCCUGCUACGGGGCCCUGGGGGCCAUGCUGAGGGGGCGCUCAGCCACCGUCCGCUCCAGGAAGCCCUUCAAGGUCAUGGCGGCCAUCGUGGUGACCUUCUUCCUCUGCUGGGCCCCCUACCACCUCUUCCUCCUCCUCAAGCUGGCAGGCGUCAAGGGCCAGGCCAUGGCCGUGGGGCUGCCGCUGGCCUCCUCCCUGGCCUAUCUCAACAGCUGCGCCAACCCCGUCCUCUACUUCUUCAUGGGGCUGGACUUCCGCCGGGCGCUGGGCCGCACCACCUUGGCCGGGGCCUUCCGCCGGGCCCUGCUGGAGGACGCGGGCUACUCCGCCAGGUCCCACAGCCAGAGGAAGCAGGCAGCCUCCUCCGUGGACGGGCUGGCCCAGAGCUCGGUGGCCCCCAACCUGGCUUGAGAGACCCCGAACUUAUCCAGGACAGGGAGCAGGGCCUGUGGGGCCGAGGGAGGCAGGGAGUGAGUGAGGGGAGUGCCCCUGGCAUGGACGGCAGUGGCGAAGAGAGCAGCCCAAAGGCAGAUGCCAAAGAAGCCCCGCAGCCAUCCCACCGUAGACACCAAUGUGCUUCUUCCUGACCAGAGACCUGUGGGUGUCCCCAGAGCGGGGACAGCAGCAAAGAGGGCUACACACAGCCCUACACACACACACACACCCACACACACACACUCACAGCACCCCCGCCCACAGCCUUUAUCCAUCCCACUACCCCCACCAACGUGAGUGCCGCCGUCCUUGAACCAGACUCCUCCAUCCACCCCCAAAGCACUUGGAGGAAGAGCUCCACAAACACAGCCUCUGCCCACCCCCAACACACACAUGUGCACACAGCCCCUCCCGCACCCAGCCAUGAGGUAUCCCACCGGCCCCACCAAUGUGCUUCCCUGUCCUGGAGAGACUUGCCUGUGGGUCUGCAGAACAAACAGCAGCUUGGAUAGCGGCGAAGAGCCCACUGCCUGCCCAGAGCUCGACCCUCCCUUCCCACCCCCCACUGCUCCCUGCACACACACACACACAGAUCCACCCCAUCCAUACCCCCUCCCCCACCACUGUGCCUGAUUCUCUUAUGGCCUGGCCCCUCUUACAUCCCUCCAGGGCGGGAGGCCACCAAGCCCUGCCCUGUUGGAGACGGGGGCCCCAGUCAGGCCAGGAGGCCAGGUGGUCCCAGUGGCAGCUUGGUCUGAGUCCCCACAAACUCAUGCCAUGGAUCGUCCCAUUAAACAGCUUCUCCUUGAACGUCUCUGGCCUGUUC